AUGGCGAAUGUACAGGUUCUAGUAUACAAUGUGGCAAGCUUCGUCUGCGCCUUGUUCGUCCUUGAAUUCGGCGCCGACAAGUUCAUCGACCAUACCGCCAUCGUUGCCGAGCGCACAGGCAUACCAGAAUCCAUCAUCGGCUUGCUCACCGCAGGCGCGGAAUGGGAAGAACUUGCUGUUGUCGUUAUAUGCAUCUUGCAGAAUCGCUCUUCUCUCGCUAUUGGCAACAUCAUUGGCUCGGGCAUCUCAAACAUCCUGGGUGCCUUUUCGCUGGGCCUGAUCUUUCGCAGCAAUGAAGAAGAUGUGGUGUUUGAUUCGAGCGCCAGGAUGUAUACUUUGGUCAUGCUUUUGGUCACAAGUCUGGUCGUUGGCCUGCAGUUCCUCCACUCUUCAGCAGUAUCAAGAAUCUUCGGCGCCAGCUUGAUCGUCAUCUUCGUUGUCUAUGUUGGCUCUGUUGCUUAUUUGAUCUUCAAAGGUCGCUUGGAUGCACCCGAAUCAGAUAGUGACAGUGAUAGCGACAGCGACAGCGGGCGCGAGGAACAUGAGGAUAGCAUCGCCUACGAUGUCGGCGGCAGUCGAGUGGACUCAACGACUCCUCUCUUGGCGACAGAGCGCGAUGUGUCUAGCUCGCGCCACAAGCACAGCACAGCAUAUCACGUAGCGUUCUUGCUCCUUGGCUUUCUUGCAGUUCUUCUGAGCAGCCUUGUCCUAUCCACCGCUUCCUCGUCCAUCGCGGAAGAAAGCGGCUUGUCCGAAGUACUCUUUGGCGUCGUCUUCCUCUCCAUCGCAACAACGCUCCCAGAGAAGUUCAUCGCAGUCAUGAGUGGUAGUCGCAAUCGGACAGGCAUCUUGGUUGCGAACACCGUUGGUAGCAAUAUCUUCCUGCUCACUCUAUGUAUGGGUAUCCUCCAAGUCAGCAUAACUGGGUCAUAUGACAGAGGUACUGUCAACAUUGUUGAGCUGUUCGUACUCUUGGGCUCGUCGCUGUUCAUGACUUUGAUUGUCUGGUUUGGCGCUCAGUGGUCUCGUAUCGCUGGUCUGGUUAUGCUUGUCGGAUAUCUUGUGUUCUUGGUCCUUGAGUUUACGACCAUACAUCAUGGUUGA